AGAAGCCCCUGCUUCCUUCCGUGUUUAACCCUUACCGGGAUCCUUGCUCAACCCACGGCUUCUUCACUCAGCUCAGCAGCUCAUAUUUUCUACUAGUUGUUUGUACAACUAUCAGUAUUGAUUGCAGACCUUCUAUAAUCUUGACACUUCCUAAUGUGGGCCAAUCAUUGAAAUUUAAGAUACAGAGACUUUGCUGUGAUGAUUGCAUGACACAGUGGACAGGAUCAAGACGGGAAGCGGUUUGCCAAAUUGGUUCAGGCAUUGCUAUGUAGAAUGGAAGAGGAUACAGAUUAUGGAAUCUGGUUUAGUUCUUUGUGUUUCAUUAAUGAGCAUGUUGGAUUUCAGGGUACUAUAAAAAGCUCACCAAGUGACUUUAUUGUUAUUGAGAUUAAUGAACAGGGACAAUUAGUUAAUACAACCAUCAAUGAACCUGUUUUGGUUAGUGAAAUGCUACCAGAGAUGAAUAAUUUUGCCAAAAAACCAAAACUAGAUCUUCAAAAUUUGUCUUUUGAAGGUAGAAGUAACCAAGAAGUUAAUACUUCGGCUCUUUACUCCAGUGGUGACCAAAACCAUCAGUUGUAUUCAGAAAAAAAAGAUACUAUUGAUGACAGGACAUCCAAACAUGAAGAAGAAAAAGCAGAUGUAUUAAGCUCAUUUUUAGAUGAAAAAACUAGUGAAUUACUGAAUCAAUUUGCCUAUGACAUAAAAGAGAAGUGGAAUUCAAGAACUGAGUCAUUUGAACAAUUCCCUGAAUUUUCAUUAGGCAAAAUCCUUGACAAAAACCAGAGGGCUAGUUUACAUAGUGCUAUUAGGCAGAAAUUUCCUUUUUUAAUAACUGUAGGAAAAAACAGUGAAAUUGUUGUAAAACCAAAUCUUGAAUAUAAGGAACUAUGUCACUUGGUAUCUGAAGAAGAAGCGUUGGAGUUUUUUAAAUAUUUAGAUGCUAAGAAAGAAAAUUCCAAAUUUACCUUUAAACCUGAUACAAACAAAGAUCACAGAAAAGCUAUCCAUCAUUUUGUCAACAAGAAGUUUGGAAACCUUGUAGAAACCAAAUCUUUCCCUGAACAGAAUUACAAUGCUAGUAACCCAAACACAGUGAUAACAGUAAGAUUUCGGGAAAAAACACACAAGCAUGGAAAAAGGUCUCUUGGAUGCCAGAAAGAAAAAAUUAUACAUACAGCUUUUACUCUGCGAAAGGAAAAUGUGGAGAUGUUUGAAGCAGUUGGUUUUUUAGCUGCCAAACUUGGUGUGAUUCCUUCAGAUUUUAGUUAUGCAGGCCUUAAAGACAAGAAAGCCAUCACCUAUCAAGCAAUGGUUGUUAGAAAAGUUACUCCAGAGAGGUUGAAAAGUAUUGAAAAAGAAAUUGAAAAGAAAAGAAUGAAUGUGAUUAACAUUCGAUCUGUAGAUGAUUCUCUUAGGCUUGGUCAACUCAAAGGAAAUCACUUUGAUAUUGUCAUUAGAAAUUUAAAAAAUAAAAUAAAUGAUUUUGCAAACCUGAGAGAGAGAAUUUGGGAGGCAAUAGAAAAUGUUAAGACUAAAGGUUUUGUGAAUUACUAUGGACCACAGAGAUUUGGGAAGGGAAGAAAAGUUCACACAGACCAAAUUGGAUUGGCACUGCUGAAGAGUGAAAUGGUGAAGGCUGUAAAAUUAUUUCUUACCCCUGAAGACUCAGAAGAUCCUGUAAAUAGAGCCAAAAAAUACUUUCUUCAAACUGAGGAUGCUAAAGGCACACUUUCACUGAUGCCCGAGUUCAAAGUUCGAGAGAGAGCAUUGUUGGAGGCAUUACAUCGCUUUGGCAUAACAGAGGAGGGGUGCAUCCGGGCAUGGUUCUCUUUUCCCCAUUCUAUGCGCAUAUUCUACAUUCAUGCAUAUAGUAGCAAAGUUUGGAAUGAGGCAGCGUCCUACAGACUUGCAACCUAUGGAUCAAAAGUGGUGAAAGGUGAUUUUAUCUGUUUGGAUGAAGAUAUUGAUGAGCAUUUCCCAAAUGAUAAAGUCCAUCUGGUAACUGAAGAAGAGGAAGCAGCUGGUACAUACACAAUACACCAGGUGGUUCUUCCAGUACUUGGAUACAAUAUUCAGUACCCAGAAAACAAAGUAGGGCAGUGGUAUAGGGAAGUGCUUAGCAGAGAUGGACUACAGACAUAUAGGUUUAAAGUACCUGCUUUGAAACUGAAUGUACCAGGAUGUUACAGACAGAUUUUGAAACAUCCCCAUAAUCUCUCAUAUCAGCUAGUGAGAGAUCAUGAUAUUGAUGUCAAAAUGCAAGGCUCCCAUAUUGAGGAAGCAAUUAGAUCUCUUUUGAUCUCUUUUGAUCUUAGUGCUUCAUGUUACGCUACAGUUUGUCUGAGGGAAAUAAUGAAGCAUGACAUUUAAAACUGAUACCCUUGGUAUACUCAUAUUUAUUUAUAUAUACUCACUCUUUAAAGGAAAGGAAGCUAAAAUUUCCUGAGCAUCUUCCAUAUGCUAAGCACUUCAUAAUUGUUGUCUUGUAAUUUUCACAGCAUGCUAGGAAGUUGGAAUUUGAUGCUUUAAAGUUCCAGGAAAGUAAGUGUCAGAGUCAUUUUAAGAUCUGUGUGACUCCAGUGCCUGUUUUUUCUAUUAUAUCAUGCUUCAAUGACCUUUGUUCACUGUCAUAAAAUUUAAUCUUUUUAAACUACUGGAAAUGUAGACUGUAAGAUAACAUUUAAGAAAAAAGUAUUAUAAGGGUAAAACUCUAGCUCAUUGGUGGCAAACCUAUGCACAUAUGCCGAAGGGGUGACUGUCAACAAGCAAGCCACGUUGCCCCAGCAUCAUCCCAGCAGCAAGCAUCAGAUAUUCAAGAUUAAUGGCAGUGCUGGCAUUUUGUGAUAAGUUAAUGGGGUUUGGGUUGCAGUUUUUACCCCUUUAUGAGAUAAAUAAUCUUUGAUGAAGUAAAAAUUUUCAUACAGUUUUUAUAUCUUGGCCUACAUUGAUUUCCUAAAUCUUUUUUCUGUUACCUAAAACAAAGAUUUUAAGACAAGUCUGUGCCCUGACAUCAGCUCUGACAUAUGCUAGUGUCUUAGAAUGUGUUAUUCUUUUACGAAUCAAGGCAGGAAGAUUGCUUCGAGUUCAAGGCCAGCCUAGGCUACAUAGUGAGUUCAAGGCA